AUGAAGAUCCCUUCUCUGUUCAAGAACAAAGAAACAAGGCCUCCAUGGCAAUGGCCCUUGUGCAAGCACCCCAACACUCACUCUUUUCGAGCCGGGGAUGGCGUGCUCAAGGCCAUGGACUCCGCCUUCUUCAACCCCUCUGAUGAGGUUGAAACACCGGAGUCUUGGUUUACAAAGUCAUCGGACACUGCUAGCUUCACAACUGAUCAAUCAGAGGACUUUGGAGGGGAGUCAUUGGAGGUGAUCAUACGCGGCGUGCAAUCAGAGAGGCUGUUUUUCACUUGA